CCUAGGGAGCCGGACGCAGCCAGAAGCCCCGGAGCAGCAUAGAGCAGCGGACCGGCGGACCUGUGAGAGGCGGUGAGCGCCCAGGCCAGACCACCCCUUGCUUGUACUUCGUAAUCCCGGCCUUCACGGCCCCAGACCCGACGAGAUCCUAAAGUCCCGGCUUCAGGGGUCCUCCAGACUUACGAUCUGAGAUUCGAACCUCCAGACCUGUCCUGCCUCCACUCUCGGUUUCAUUAAAAUACGAGCCCACGGAUUUGAGAGGAAUCUUGAGUCGCAGCCAUGUUCCUGGUUAACUCGUUCUUGAAGGGCGGCGGUGGCGGCGGCGGGGGAGGCGGGGGCCUGGGCGGGGGCCUGGGGAACGUGCUCGGAGGCCUGAUCAGCGGAGCCGGCGGCGGCGGCGGCGGCGGCGGUGGUGGUGGCGGCGGCGGCGGCGGCGGCGGAACUGCCAUGCGCAUCUUGGGCGGGGUCAUUAGUGCCAUCAGCGAGGCAGCUGCGCAGUAUAACCCAGAGCCUCAGCCCCCACCCACCCAUUACUCCAACGUCGAGGCAAAUGAGAGUGAGGAGGUCCGGCAGUUCCGGAGGCUCUUUGCCCAGCUGGCUGGAGAAGACAUGGAGGUCAGCGCAACAGAACUCAUGAACAUUCUCAACAAGGUUGUGACCCGACACCCUGAUUUGAAGACUGAUGGCUUUGGCCUUGACACGUGUCGCAGCAUGGUGGCCGUGAUGGAUAGUGACACAACAGGCAAGCUGGGUUUUGAGGAAUUCAAGUAUUUGUGGAACAACAUCAAAAAGUGGCAGGCCAUAUACAAACAGUUUGACGUUGACCGUUCAGGGACCAUUAGCAGCAGUGAACUUCCAGGGGCCUUUGAAGCGGCAGGGUUCCACCUAAAUGAGCAUCUCUACAACAUGAUCAUCCGACGCUACUCGGAUGAGGCAGGGAACAUGGAUUUUGACAACUUCAUCAGCUGCCUGGUCAGGCUGGAUGCCAUGUUCCGUGCCUUCAAAUCUCUUGAUAAGGAUGGCACUGGACAAAUUCAGGUGAACAUCCAGGAGUGGCUGCAGCUGACUAUGUAUUCCUGAAUGGGAACCCCAGACUUCUCUCCUCGUCACCUCACUGUAGGUGUCACCUUGGACUUUUUGGUCUCUCCCGGGGCUGAUCCUGUCUGCAGUCAUGUCUUCGUGGGUCCUGCUGACCCACCAGCUAUUCUGUUCUCCCAGCGGUUGGCAACUAGCUUCUCAGACAACAGCUAGGGUUCCACGUGUCCCAACAUGCCAUGCCCCAAGUUACCCCCGACACUCUAACACCCUGCCCCGUGCGUCACUCCACCCUCGGCACACACAUUUUACAUCCACUCCAUAACCCUUCUCGUGCAUCUGUGCCAAGUUGUGUCACUUCCACACCCCAAGGGCCCUUCUCUGUGUUCUGGGAGGAUCACCCCAAUCCCUGUGUACCCUGGCACACCUGUUCACUUAACCAUCCAGGCAGCUGAACUCCAGGCCAUAGGCCCACAUGCGCAGUGCCUUUGUAUUCUGCUCCCAGCCUACUAGGCCCUGGAGGAAAUAAAUGCACCCCAGUUGCUACUCUGA